GCUGCUCCUGCUGUGGUGGAUUAACCAUCUCUUAGACCUGCCUGACAACAACCAUCUCUCUCUUUCAUCACUUUCUUUGUCCAAGGAGAGAAGUCAGUCUGCGGAGCCUUGACUGCUGUUGCUAGUGUCUCCUUUCACGUAGUGACACAAACGUACAUCAUCUCGUCAGUUGCUGCUCUGCACCAGGUGAGUGAAUGUCUGCAGGAGGAUAUUGCUCCUGACUGACUGAAAGCUGAAAUCUUUCCAGCAACAUCUUGAGAAUCUUAAAUUGGAGCCCAGAGGAAUGGAGGCAGAAAUCUGCAAUGCAGGCAUAGCUAUGGAUUCAGGUAACCCCUUGUUGAGAGCAGUUUUCCUUAGACGGCUGAGGCUCACAAGACUGCUCUUAGAGGGUGGGGCUUACAUCAACGAGAGUGACAGCCAAGGGCAGACACCCCUAAUGGUGGCCUGUAGGACCAAGCAUACAGACUCCCAGAGCGCCAGUCGGGUUAAACUGAUCCAAUUUCUUCUGGAGAGAGGAGCAGAUCCCAACAUUCAGGAUAAGGAAGGGCGCUCUGCAUUGAUGCACGCCUGCCGGGAGCAGGCUGGCCCUGAGGUGGUAUCUUUGCUCCUUGCCAGUGGAGCAGACAUCAGCUUAGAGGACCAGUCUGGAACAUCAGCAUUGGUCUAUGCAGUCAUGGCUGGAGACUGGAAGGUACUGAAACUUUUACUCGACACAUGCAAGGCAAAGGGGAAGGAGGUGAUCAUUAUAACCACUGACACAUUUCCAAAUGGAAACCUGACACCUAAGCAGUACCUCAGCAUGCCUGUCGCCGAUCCUGUUGAUCAGCCCGAUCCAAUAACAGCAACAGCUCCUGCAUCUCCCUCUGAGAUUCAGCUAAUCACCUCUCCUCAGUGCACUUCAUCCUCUUUAUGCCCUCCCAAACACGUUUUUUCUUUUAAAGAAGGACAGAUUUGUGGUGCAAGCUCCCAUCCGUGUUCCCCAUCACGGUUUCAGGGACCAGGACAAGCAGUGCCCGCUGGACUACAUCAGCCUCUUCAGAGAUUGAACUCUGAACCUUGGUUAAAGAUCCCAACAUCUCUGCUUACUGAACAGCGGCAGGCAACUUUUAACCAGACUGAAGAUAUUUCUUUAAAAGUUCCCAACAUGGAGAAGGGCAGCAGCAAUAGCCCCAAAAGCUUCAGACAUUAUGAAAGAAGGUCAGCAAAGGAUAGGAGCAUAGAAAAUGGCAAGAAUGAUUGCACUGAAGGACACAUGGUUUCUUUAUCAGGUCUGCUAUCAUCCCACUUUGCCUCCCACCCCAAUCUCCACUCUGAAAUUCAUGGCACAGAUCCAGUGGCCUGCUCUUCAACCCUUUGUAGUGGCAGCAACCUUGCUACAACCUUUCACAGCAUGGCAUCAUCAAGACUCAAUAAUGUCAUUCAGACACACAGGCUGAGUGCAGACAUCUAUGGUUCUGACCCACAACUAUCUGUGGAUAUUCAAAAUCUCUCUGAAGAACAAAGAGAAAAAGCCCCAUUAGAUGGCAAGAAACUGGCACCGCUACGUUGCUCAACCACAGUAGGCUCGAGAGAAUCCCUGAAAGGUCAUAAUAAGAGAGUGUUCUCUUUGUAUGAGCGCAGAGGCUCUGGGACAUUCCUGCUGGACCACAACCAUCAGGCCAGGCCUAGAUCUCUGCCACCUCUAACCAACAACUCCAUCGUCAAUGUUUCUGAUAACAGUUUGGGCAAUAGAAACAGCUUCUCUGAAAAAGAGCUUGGUCAGAAGGGUUUCCUCCCCUGUGCUCCACCUGGCCACCCUAAGGAACUGACUCGAAGGAUGCUGUUGAGGAGGCACUCGAUGCAGACCGAACAAUUCAAAAGCUCAGUCUGAAAACAUAUGACGGGCAAAAGAAUGCUCUUCGUGUUCAAUGUGACUUCUGUCAUCAUGUGAUGUAGUGUCAGCAUUGUGAAAAGCUUUAUAAAAAAAAAAAAAAAAAAAAAGAAUACACAUACACACGCUUGGUUCUUGGAAAUUGCCAAAGAAAACAAAUGACAUACAGCGCUGUGACAAAUAUUAG